UCCCCUGCUCCUUUGUUCGCAGCUACCUAUUCCAGUAUUCCCAAACCCACGCAUGCCCCCCCUUCUCCCCUUAAUCUAGUAACACUAACCCUAACCCUAACGCAAGCCUUUCUGUUAUUUUUUUUUUUAGAAAUCACACAAAUCUUCACACUGUAACCGUAGUGUAAUGCGUAGUUGUGCAGCUACUUCGAAAAUUAAGACUCCAGCUUACCAAUUUGACAAUGGAGGAUUUGACAGAGACAGAGAUUGGGAGCUCUGUCGAGACCUUUCAAAAGUUUUUGGAUUCGCAGAGAGAGGUUUUCCACAACCAAAUCGAUCAUCUUCGAAGAAUUGUCGUCACUCAAUGCAAGCUCACUGGUGUCAAUCCUCUUUCUCAAGAAAUGGCAGCUGGUGCUCUUUCGAUAAAAAUCGGGAAAAGACCUCGAGAUUUGAUAAACCCUAAGGCGGUCAAGUAUAUGCAAGAAGUUUUCUCUAUUAAAGAUGCAUUUAGUAAGAAGGAAUCACGAGAGAUUAGUGUUCAAUUUGGUGCUACAGUCACGCAGGUUCGGGAUUUUUUUGCCAGCCAACGUACGAGAGUGAGAAAACUGAUUUGGUUUUCAAUGGAGAAGGCUAUUAGAGUUAAUGCACACAAGGAACCUCAAAAUGGGGUCCUAAUGACAUUGGAUGCUUUGAUGCCUAUUGAUUUGGUUCCUUUGAACUCUGUUGACCCCAAUCAAGUUCCCCUAAGUUAUGUUUGCUCCAAUCCAGCUGUGUUAAACCCUGUUAGCCCUAAUCCAAUUCACUUGAACUCUGUUGGCCCCAAUUCUGUUCCCUUAAAUUCUGUUAGCUCCAUUUCAGCUCCCUUAAACUCUGUGAGCCCCAAUCCAUUUCACUUGGAAUCUGUUAGCCCCAAUCCAGUUCCCUUAAUUUCUGUAAGUCCAAAUCCAGUUCCCUUAAACCCUGCAAUUCUGUAUCCAGUUCCCUUAGACUCAGUUGCCCACGAUCCUGUUCCCUUAAACUCUACCGGUCCUUCCAGAGUUGAUGAAGCCCCCUUUUGCUCAACACAGGACGACAUGCUACCUGGUUUAGAUGAAUUAGACAAACAUUUUGUUGAUAAUAUUUUUGGUUUGUUGCGGAAAGAAGAAACAUUUACUGGGCAGGUGAAGCUCAUGGAAUGGAUCUUGCAAAUACAUACUCUCUCUGUUCUAAAUUGGUUUCUAAUUAAUGGUGGUGUCAUGAUUUUGGUAACAUGGUUAAGUCAAGCUGCUGCUGAAGAACAAACAAGCGUUCUUAUUGUCACCUUGAAUGUCUUCUGUCAUUUGCCCCUACAUAAAGCUCCUCCUGAACACAUGUCAGCCAUACUUCGUGGUGUUAAUAGACUGCGGUUUUACAGGACUUCAGACAUAUCAAACAGGGCCAGGGUUUUGUUAUCAAGAUGGAGCAAAAUGUUUGCAAAAAGUCAAGCAAUGAAAAAAUCCUAUGGCGUAAACUUCUCUACAGACGCACAAGACAUGAUUUUGAAGCAGAGGCAAGUUCAUGAGAUUACCUCCUAUGAUCUUAAGAUUUGUUCAAUCAAGUCUCACCUUUUGGCACUAAUUUCGUGCAGCAUUGAUGAAAUUAUGGGCAAUGAAUUAUGGCAGUCUGAUAUCGGUAAUCCUGAUGGUGUUCCUGCGCUCUCAUUGGAAAGUUCAGAAAAUAUCAGGAAAAUCAAGUCUUCACAAGCAUUGAAGCUGUUGUCAGCGUCAACAGAUGAUCUGAGCAGAAAGCACAUCCUAGGUGCACCUUCAUCCCAUACAAGAGAACGUAGAAAAGUUCAGCUUGUGGAACAGCCUGGCCAGAAAACAGCUGGCAGAAGCCCUCAGGCCACCAAAGCUGCUCCUGUUAGUACAGGUCGCCCAAUGUCUGCUGAUGAUAUCCAAAAAGCAAAAAUGCGCGCUUUAUUCAUGCAGAACAAGCAUGGGAAAACAGUUCUUUCAUCUAAUGGAAAUACUGGUGUGAAAAAUGGACCUUCAAGCAUGUCUGCAAGUUUGUCUCUAGUUUCUAAAAUUCAUAUUUGGCCAAAGAUUGAGGAAUACAAGAAACCUGUGAUACCUUCCCUGAAAGUUUCUUGUAAGGUUGAGGGGUCGCUCAAUCCAAAGAAAGAAAUUGAUUCAAAGGAACCCAUGGGGGGAGUUUGUAGUGAAGUCAAGAUCCCAUGGAAGACUCCUCCAGAAAUAAAACUCAACGUUCUCUGGAGAGUGGGCACUGGUGAAAAUGGAAAAGAAGUUGAUGUUCAGAAAAACAGAAACCGUAGGGAGGUAGAAACCAUCUACCAGACAGUCCAGGAGUUACCAUCUAACCCCAAGGAACCAUGGGACCUCGAUAUGGACUAUGAUGACACAUUGACCCCAGAAAUUCCAAUUGAACAGGCACCUGAUGCUGAUGGUGCAGAAAUACAGGUUUCCCUGACUGAACAUGUAAACACAGUAGUUGCACCAUCACCAGCACCUUCCCUGCCUCAGGUUGGUGGAGGGAGUGCAACUGAACCAGAUCUGGAGUUGCUUGCUGUAUUGCUAAAAAACCCAGAAUUGGUUUUUGCGUUGACUUCUGGCCAUGCCGGUAAUUUAUCAAGUGAGGAAACCGUGAAGCUGCUUGAUAUGAUAAAGGCUGGAGGGACUGGUUUGGCAGGUAGUUUAAACGGGCUUGGUGGGAAAGUAGAGGAGGUUGAAGUUUCUCUUCCAUCACCAACUCCGUCAAGCAAUCCUGGAACGAGUGGAUGGAGAUCAGAAGUUGCCAAGAAUCCAUUUUCCCAGAAGGCUUCAUCGGGGAAAAGAGUUGCAUACACUGACCCCGGAGUCCCCACCGUUGUUCCUCUAGCCGAGAACACAAGCUUGGUGCAGCCUCAAAAUCAAGCCACUAACAUCAGAACACCACAGCAGCAAGCAAGCAUACCAUUACUAUCCCAACACCAUCCUUUCUCAUUGUCUCAAACAAGCAUCAUAGUACCUGAAAACCGACAACCUCCGAUGGUUCUCCAAUCCCAACAGAGUUAUCCCACCAAUUCUUCAAUGUUACAUACGCCAUCCUCAGAAAUUGUUUUUACCAUGAAAAAUUUACCCGUCAAUACCCCUUCCCUACCGAACCCUUCAGAUGCAAUUGGGCCUUCAAUGUGGGUUGAAACCAUGAACAACUUAAAACCAGCUCCAUCCAUUUCUCUCACAUCCAAUCCACCAGAGAGAUGGCCAGUUCCAUUUCCACGAUCAACAUCCGCAGUACCAGCACCAACACAGUUACAGUCACAUAUAAACGAACCUCCCACUGUAUACUCGUCGUGGCCACAUGCUGUUGAUGUAGGUCCAAUGCGUGAUUCCUGGAGAGUUAGGCAGAGUUUAGUAUCAAACUCCCCAUCUCAUGUUAAUCAAAAUAACUAUGUGCCCCCAAACGGAGGGCCUGUGCAGCCACAGAUGCGGUCAGGUCCUCCUCGGGAAAGAAAUGAAUAUUUGGGUGAUGAGGGUUUUGAGUCUUGGAGUCCGGAGAACAGCCGUUUUGAAUCACAAGAGUACAUGUCAGGGAGAAACUAUUCAGGAGCCAGGACGAAUUCCGGAUGGGACUACCUGCCCGAUAAUAGGUCCAGGCAACGGAAUUCUUCUGGGUACAGGGACCGUAACCGGAAUGGAAACAGAAGACGGCACUGAGUGAAUGAAUGCUCCUUUCAUGAUUUUGCCGAUCAUGGACGCGUUGUCCAGAGUGAAUGUAACGACGGAGAUUUACAAGCUAAUAUAGGGUGUGAAGUUGUGAUGAGCCGGUGCAAAUUCUAACAGCAAAUGCAAUUGUUUAGAUACUUGGUAACUCGAUACUAAAUCUUGACUGUAAGCGUGUGAUACUUUGACUAAGCUGCAGUUCUUCCUUUCUUUAAUAUGAUAAUAUAAACAAGGACGAUUUU